CUCCAGCCCCCCCCCGCCGGACUAUCGGCUAGGAAGGACCCCUCGCCCUAGCUAGUGUGGCUGAGGGUUGCCCACCCCACGAUCCCCUUUCUUGACAGACCGCUCCUGGAUCCUGAGUGAAAUUCACACUCGGAGGAACUCCUGGUCACCCAGUCUGUGUCUCCCACUGGGAGAAGCCGCCAUGAAAGUGGGACCUUCCCAAAUCUCUGAGCAUAUCUGCUGAACCCCCACCCCCUGCCCAAUUUCAUGGGCCCCGGGCUGGACAGGCCACGAUGCAGGGGGAUGUGGGUUUCCCCUCUGGCUGAAGACCUGGAGGGGUGGCCUUCUGAGUCAGAUUCAGCCCUCCGUUUAUGUCCCUUUCCAAGUCAGAGACCCAUCUGAAACUUCUGGGUAGUUUUUCUGGUCUUGCUUUGUAGGAAAGGAUGAGAACUCAGCAACACGUUCAAAGGAAAGACAUUUCUUCUGUGUCUCUCAAGAUGGAAUUCACCACGUUUUCCUGCUACUGUGUGAAAAGGAUAUAAAAGAGAGAAAGACUGACAAGGAAGAAAAUUAAUGCUGAACAAAAAAAAUCCGGUCUCAGCAUCGCUUUAUAAGCUAAAAUGAGCUCCAGAAACAAUGGCAAUUGUGCCAAAACCAAAUAUUCUAUCUGGAGUAACCCUGUUUUGCCUGAAGUCCCCUAAACUAGAAGCUGACACCUGAAGAAGUCCAGACAGGGGUUGCCACAUCAGCCUUCGGUUGCGUAAUUAGUCUGUCAAGAAAUUGCAGCAAUCAAAGAUCAGGCAGUGCCUGCUGCAACCUAAUCUCCGAGAAGGUCCAGUGUCUAAUUCUUAUCAGCAGAAUGAGCCAAUACCAGCAUGCCGGACCCGGAGGGCUCAGCCACCGACACGCAACAUGAAUUAUUAAGCGUACUUCGCUGGGACGGAAAAGUCUUUUUGCAGACUCCUGGCAUCAGGUUCUGCUACGCUGGAUGGAUCCUAAGCAAGCCAGCUCGCCAGAGUCCUGAAUGGCUUAAUCGGACCAUCAGCAUUUGGGAUCAGCCUUCAGGAUGGCGACCCAGAAGGAGGCUGUGUGGAGGAAGCCCCACCAGCUGAACAUGGAAGGGGCUCUGAUCGCCCGCGACCGAGUCGGAGUUCAAGAUUUUGUCCUGCUCGACUCUCACACCAGCGAAUCGGCUUUCUUGGACAACCUGCGCAAGCGAUACAGGGAGAACCUCAUCUACACCUACAUCGGGACUCUUCUGGUGUCUGUGAAUCCCUACAAAGAGUUGGACAUCUAUACAAUUAAGCAGAUGGAGCAAUACAAAGGGGUCAACUUCUUUGAGCUGCCGCCGCACAUCUAUGCCAUUGCUGACAACGCUUACCGGGUCAUGUGCACCGAGUAUAACAACCACUUCAUCCUGAUCUCCGGAGAAAGUGGAGCCGGGAAGACCGAAGCCUCAAAGAAGAUCCUGCAGUUCUUCGCCAUGACCUGCCCUACCACCGAGCAGCUGCAGAUUGUCCGCGAUCGCUUGCUCCUCUCCAAUCCCGUCCUGGAGGCCUUUGGAAAUGCCAAAACGUUACGGAACGACAAUUCAAGUAGGUUUGGGAAGUACAUGGAUAUCCAGUUUGAUUUUAAGGGCGCUCCUGUCGGUGGGCACAUCCUGAGCUACCUGAUUGAGAAAUCCCGCGUGGUGCACCAGAACCCCGGGGAACGCAACUUCCACGUCUUCUACCAGCUGCUGGAGGGGGGAGAGGAGGAGCUGCUGGAGGGGCUGGGGCUGGGACGCAGCCCUCAGAAGUACUCCUACCUGGUGCAGGGGGGCUGUGCCAAAGUGUCUUCCAUCAAUGACAAAAGCGAUUGGAGGACAGUCCAGAAAGCCUUUGUGGUCAUUGACUUUGCCCCAAGAGAUAUUGAGAACCUCCUGGGGAUAAUUGCCAGUGUCCUGCAUCUGGGCAACAUCCAGUUUGAAGAAGACAGCAAUGGCCACGCCAUCAUCACCAAUGGCACUCAACUCCAGUGGAUCUCCAAGCUUUUGGGCGUCCACCUGUCCAUCCUUCAAGAAUCUCUAACCCACAGGAAAAUCGAGGCUCGGUUUGAAGAGGUUCUAAGCCCAUUAGAUGUGGACCUGGCCUUUUACGCUCGUGAUGCCGUGGCCAAAGCGAUAUACGGACGGACGUUUGCUUGGCUGGUCAACAAAAUCAACAGUUCUUUAGCUAACAGGGACUUCAGCAGGAAAACUGUGAUUGGUCUACUGGAUAUUUAUGGCUUUGAAGUCUUUGAGACAAACAGUUUUGAACAGUUUUGUAUCAACUAUUGCAACGAGAAACUCCACCAGCUGCUGAUCGAGAUGACCUUGAAGGCAGAACAAGAGGAAUAUGAGCUGGAAGGCAUUGAGUGGGAACCAGUUCCAUAUUUUAAUAACAAGAUCAUAUGUGACCUCGUGGAGGAAAAGCACAAAGGCAUCAUUUCCAUCCUGGAUGAAGAAUGCUUGCGGCCAGGUGAAGCCACUGACCUGAGUUUCUUGGAAAAACUGGAGGAGAAAGUAGGAGACCAUGCCCAUUUUGUGACGAGAAAGCUUGCAGACCUGAAAACCCGGAAGUCCAUCGACUGGGUGGACUUCCGCUUGCUUCACUACGCGGGAGAAGUGACCUACUGCACAGUGGGAUUUUUGGAGAAAAAUAAUGAUCUGCUUUACCGGAACCUCAAAGAGGUGCUGGGCAAUUCCAAAAAUGGUAUCUUGAAAGAAUGCUUCCGCUCAUCGGAGUUACACAAUCGGAGAAGGCCCGAGACGGUUGCAACUCAGUUCAAAACCAGCCUGUCCAGUUUGAUAGACAUCCUGAUGUCCAAGGAGCCCUCCUACAUCCGGUGCAUUAAACCCAAUGGGGACAAAGAACCUGACAAAUUUGAUGACUCCUUGAUAAGACACCAGGUGAAAUACCUGGGUUUAAUGGAGCACCUUCGGGUGAGGCGAGCUGGCUUUGCUUACCGUCGGAAGUACGAGCACUUCCUGCAAAGGUACAAGUCUCUCUGCCCGGAUACCUGGCCCCAGUGGCGGGGCCCUGCAGCCAAGGGAGUGGAGAAGCUCAUCCAUCACAUCGGCUACAAGCCCGAAGAGUACAAGAUGGGAAGGACCAAACUCUUCAUUCGUUUCCCGAGAACGCUGUUUGCCACUGAAGAUGCCUUUGAAUAUAGAAAAAACCUCCUGAUUUCCAGAAUACAAGCCAAAUACAGAGGCUGCCUCGGGAAGCGAGAAUUCCAGAAGAUGAGGCAAGCCGCCAUCCUGCUGGAGGCAGCCUGGAGGGGAGUCCUGGCACGCAGACUGGCCAAGAAGAGAAUGUGGGCAGUUGAGACCAUCCAUAAGUUCUUAAAAGGCUUCAUCUACCGCAGGGAGCCCCUGAACGCCGACAACGUGGACUUUGUGAGGUUUGUGCAGUACACCUACCUCAUGAAACUCAGGGAUCACAUUCCAAAGACCGUCCUGGACAAAAGCUGGCUUAAGCCUCCAGAGAUCAUGCAACAAACCUCUGCCCUUCUGAAGACAAUCUGCAAAAGGAAUCUUGUCCGGAAAUAUUGUUGUGGAAUCACUGUGGAGAAGAAGGCCCAGAUGGAGCAGAAAGCUGUCGCCAGUGCCAUCUUCUCUGGGAAGAAAGUUGGCUACGUGGAAAGUCUGAACCAGCCCUUUCUGGACAGUCGACUGGGUGAGAGCGACCUGUGCCCCAAAGUCCUGCAGAUGAUCCGCCACGAGAAGGUCCAGUAUGUCACGCCAGUGGUGAAAUACGACCGGAACGGCUUCAAGCCCCGAGAGCGACUGCUUGUCCUGACCCGGGUGGCAGCUUACGUGGUGGAGACGGCCAAGAUCAAGCAGAAGAUUGAGUACGCCACCCUCAAAGGCAUUUCCACCAGCAGCCUCAGCGAUGGCAUCUUAGUCCUUCACGUUCCAGAAGACAACAAACAGGAAAAGGGAGAUGCCAUCCUGCGCUGCGAUCAUCUUUUUGAGACCGUCACCAAGCUCUGCAUGUUAGCCAAUAAGCAGGACCUGGUAGCCGUGGUCCAAGGAAGCCUCCAGUUCCAGAUUAGUCCCGGGAAAGAAGGAACCAUGGUUUUCACCACCGGGCAGGAGCCUCACGUCUACAAAGCCAAAAAUGGACAACUCACCGUGGUGUCGGCCAAGAUAAAGUCCUGAUGGGGAAAACCAAAACAACCCGUGACUCUGUCUGCUUGAAAAGAAAGUCCCUGAAAUCACCCCGGGGGGAGAAUGGAGGCGGUCUUCGUAAACCUGUCGGAUGCUGAUGUGGUCAGUUUGCUGGAGUUCAGGUCAUUUGCAUCUUUUUUAAAAAAAACACAUCGUGAACCAUGUCCGCCCAUUAAUCCUAGGCCCUGUAACAGCCUCAGUGACCCUUUCCCAGAACUGAUGCAUAGAUUGAGGCCUGAGUGUUUCCGUGAUCAUUUGCUUCAACAUUCCAGUUGGCAAUAAUUUAACCAUUAACUGUACCAAACAGCCCCCAGCCCCAGUUUUAAAAUGCAGAACUCCAGAAAAGAAUCUCAAGAGUAAAAAAUGAAGGACUCCAAACGCCGUUUCUGAGCAGGCCUGGAGGAGGAGCAAUACGGCCGGCCGGGAAACUGCGCCCUGGGUCUUGAGUGAGCCUGUUUUCAACCAAAUCUCUGCUAAGUUCAGAGGGGCUGGUGGGCAUCAGCCCCAUUUGUGAAAUGCAAACUGAGGUUCUUACUUCCGAGACAAGCAAGUCAGUCCCGGAAGGUACUUCUGUUCCUGGAGUUACGACCCCAUGUUAUUCUCUGUAUUAGCAACCUGUGAUGUAUUUAUGAAAAAAUAAAAAGGUGAAAGGAAAAAUCA